AUGGCACAGACACUUAAAAAGUUUGCAGACAAGGAGAUGGAGAUUGUUUUGACCACCGAGUUGAUGAUGUCUAAUCCUCAGGGCACUACCACACGUCACCGUGCAAAUACAUCGACUCAGUCAACCCCACUUCCAUCACCGUCGGUAAGAGGACGCAACAAGACCAAGUCCAAAGAGCCAUUAUCGCCAGGUUCGAGUAGCACCCCUAAUAUGACACCUAUCCUAACCGAAGAAAAGGACCUGUUUACAGAUGAUGGGACUGCAUCACCAUCCAACAACGCUGCACAGUCACCAUCGGCAUCACCACUCUCAUCAUCCUCUUCGUCUUCAUCUACUACUGGUGGUGGAAAAGAGGAAAAGGACAAAGAGAAAGCCAGCACCAGCACCACAACAACAACAACGCCAACAACUAGAAGAUCGACUAGACUAAGUAAAGCAUCAGCAGCAGCAGCAGCAGCAACUAUUCCACAAGAAAUGAAAAAGGUUUCAAAGAGACAAAAAACAUCUAAAAGUGAAGAGAAAACUACUUUAUCUUCUGAUGAAAAUUAA